AUGGAGUACAACAUGGCCUCCCUUUUAGCCAUUCUCCACAUCCCUUUGUCUCCUACUCCCCGAACCUCCUUCAGUGCACGAACGAGAUGUCUGAGGAAUACACGUUGCGCUGGAAAUAUGGCCUGUCACAAUAAUCCUUACCAAUUUGUUACAGGUUUUGUGGGCCCUGUCCCGAGGCAAAGGUGCCACUUUCACUCAGUUGGUAUAAAUCAGAAGAUUUCGGGGUCGACCUUUUUCUGGGAUAUCAUUUAG